CGCUGUCAAUCCGCCAGUGCACCAAGAAUGACUUGGUCUGGCCGACAAGUACAUUGCUCUCAUCGUGUUGCUCAUACAAUGCAAUUUUCUGCUUAGAUCCCCUUUGCCAUUCUUGAAAAUAACAAAAAAUGGCAAAAUGUUUUAAAACAGCUACCAAAAACAAUUAAAAGGUUUUUAAAAACAAACCCAAAAGGUAUGUUCUGGUUAUUUCAGUUUAGCACUUGUUAUUGCUAUCCGCUAUUGUCACUGCUGUUUUCCGUUUGCUUUCCAUGAACGCCUGUCAACUCGGUGGCCCGUUCACGUUGGAGCCGGACGCUUCAACUCGUACAUUGAACAUUUCCCGUCGAACUGCUACCCCUUACGAACCGUAUUUUCAAACAUUUUUCCGUUUCGACACCGUUAGGGAGGACAUGGAUAGAAGCCCGGUAGGAUCCGAUCGCCUGGUUCUACAUCAGCAUCUGCAUCAGAUUUCACCACCUGGGCUCGAUAAAACUCGUUACGCAGCGUUUCGUGUGGCGCAACGUCAACGGAGACCUUACUCGUUGGGCCCGCACAUAUCUUCGCUGCUAACAACCGAAAGUUCAGUGCCAUGUAGCCUCACUUAUUGGUCGUUUUCCGAAAGUUCUCGACUUGCCCGCAUCCAGAUGGAUAUCGUCGGUCCCCUUCCACCCUCAAACGGCAUAGGCUAUCUGUUGACAAUCAUCGACCCGACACCCACGCGAAAUACACACGGCGCCACAGUUGGAUUCAAUACGCUCACACCCUUCGCUAGCUAGCUGUUUCGUUCGGUGUCGUAUUUUUAGCUAAUACACGGGAGCAGCAUGUACCACAAUACAUCUUCAUCCCGUCA